CAACGUGAGGGAUCAUCGCUGCCCCCCAGGCAGGGAGUUGCGGGGCUCGUGGGGGCUGUCAGUGCCCCCAGGCGAGGACCCAUGGGGCCUGUCGCUGCCCCCACGGCGGGGAGCUGUGGGGCAGCCCGCUCUGACAGCCAUGGCUCUUCCUUGCAGUUGGUUGAGGCCGGGGGCAUCGGCCUGAACGCCGUCUUCCUCCUCCUCAUGUCCCGGCUGCCACCAGCCUCCAGCUCCAUCCUGCCGCCCCCGAGGCCGCUGCUGGGGCCCCGGCGAGUGUCGUGGAGCCGUGGGGCUGCCCGCGGGGAGCCGGAGGAGCCGCCCGAGCGGGGCACCGGCUCCCUGGCCUCGCUGGCGCGCUCGCUGCAGAAGGCGGAGGCCGCGCUGCGGAGCUGUGUGAGCCCCGGCCUGCGGCGCCUGCUGCUCCCGCGGCCCUGCGAGCGCGCCUGCGACGGCGACGACGAGGACUCCCCGGAGGCGCUGGCCCGCCUGGCCCGGGUGGAGCAGAGCUUCGUGGGGCUGCGCCGGUGCUUCUGCGUCUGGGAGAACCCCCGCAGCGAGACCUUCCAGGGCCGCGUCCGGCCGCUGCCCGGCGACGCGGCGCACGCCGCCUUCUCCUACCACCCGCUCCAUCCGCGCGUGGCCGAGCGCUGCGCCAGGCUGCACGCGCUGCUCCAGCACCGCCACCACCUCCGCCUCUCCCGCGAGUACUGCCGCCGCCUCAAGGCCGCCUCCGACUUCGUCCGCCAGCUGCUGCCCCUCGUGGAGCAUCCGGGGCCGCAGGCGCCGGCCCCAGAGCCGGGGGCGGCGCGGCCGCUGCGCGGGCUCUGCGAGGAGCUGCGGACGCACGCCGGCCACUGGAGCGGGCUGCAGCGGCGCGUGCGCGGUGACCCGUGGCUGCGCCCGCUGCUGCUGCGCGGGCACGAGUCGGUGGCGCGCAUGCAGCGGGCGCUGGCGCUGCUGGCGCUGCUGGCGGUGCGCCUGGUGGAGAGCUACGCGGAGGCGACGCUGCGGGGCCUGGCGCGCGCCAGCCCCACCUCGGCCCCCCCCGCGCUGCUUGCGGACAUCUUCCAGGGCCUGGAGAUCUACAACCGCGUGGUGGAGGACCUGGCCCUGGAGCUGGGCUCCCACCGCCUGUCCGGCGACCUCGCCGCCUGGCGCGGCGCCCCCGGGGUCGCCGGGGACGGCUCCCCGGCCUUCCCCGCCGCGAGGGUGCUGGCCGUACUGGCAGCCGAGCGGGGCCAGCUGGCCGCCGAGCGGCUCUGGCAGCUCCUCCAGCGCCAGGACUGGGGCAGCAGGCCGGAACACGUCCGCUGGGAAGAUGCCGCAGUGCUGCAGCCUUUGGGCGCCGAAGCGGGCGCGGGAUCGCCGGGGCACCGCAGAGGGGAGGAGCUGGCGAGGCUCCCCGGAGAGCUGCAGGCGCUGUGCAGGGAGGACAAGGAGCUCAUGGACCUGGUGCUGGGCGCGCUGGUGGCCUCCACCGACAGCCUCUGGCAGCACGUGCUCAAGCGGCCCAAGCAGGAGAAGGCGGCGGCGGCAGCCUGCCCCGAGGCCCUAGUCCUGCUGGCGGCUGGCCCUGGCCGCGGCUCUCCCGGCUGGAAGUCGGUGCGGUGGCGGGACGCGUCCCACGCGGAGGCGGCCGAGGCGCUGCACGCCCAGUACUCCCCGCUCUGCUGGCGGGCGGCCGGCGCCGCGCUGGGCUGGCGCCUGGAGCUCGCGGCGCGCUCGGCCGCGGCGCUGGCGCGGCAGCUGGGCCAGGCUCUGGGGCAGGCCCGCCUGCCCCCGGCAUGCGAGGAGGAGCUGAGGCGGCUCUGCCUGCGCCUACUCUGCUGCGGCGUCUUCCUGAGCUGGGACGGCGGCUUCGCCCGAGCCCUGGGCUCGGCGCUCUCCGACAAGUGCUCUGCGGAGCCGGAGCAGGCAGGAGGAGCGGUGCAGAGCAGGACGGCGCGGCUCCUGCAGCAGCUCUUCCCCGGCCUGGCCCUCGCCCUGCGCUGCCUAGAGCCGCGGCCUGCCGGGCCGGCUGGCGUCCCCCCUGGCUCGCCCAGCCUGCGCCUGCAGCUGCUGGCCCGCUGCCUGGCCACGGCGCAGGCCGCUGGCUCCUGGCUCAUGAGCAAAGCCUACCAGUACCUGGCGUCCUGGUCCCUGCGCCAGUUCCUGCUCGUCACCCAGGGAGAUCUGCAGCUGCUGAAGGCUGAGGCAGCGGAGCUGAUGGUCCUGGUGAGCGCAGCCUUCCCGGAGGUGGGCGACGGCGCCGAGCCGCGGCCCUCGGCCCUGCUCCGCCACCAGGAGCAGCAGCUGUGCCGGCAGAUCCGCUCGGCGGCCACCGGCAUCCAGCUCUUCUCGGAGGACGCGCUGCGGAUGUUCUCCACCGACUGCAAGCGGAUGUCGGCAGAGAUCUUUGACCAGACCAUGCCGCUGGGCAAGCACUGGAGGCUCGGCCUCCGCCCGGAGCUGCCCAGCUCGCCCAGCGAGUACGCCGCCGCCGCCGCCCAGACCGUGCUGGGCCAGGUGCUGCAGGGCGUCCAGCUGCUGCCACGGGACUCCCAGGUGCCCACGCUCACGCAGGUCAUGACGGCCUUCGUGGAGGCCUGGAUGGACCACAUCCUCGCCCAGAAGAUCAAAUUCAGCCUCCAGGGUGCCUUGCAGCUGAAGCAGGACUUCGACCUGGUGCGGGAGCUAGUGCAGUCGGAGCACUACAGCCUGGCGCCGGAGAUCCGGCAGUCGCUGCUCUCGCUGCGCGUCUUCCAGCAGAUGGACAGCGCCAUCCUCUGCCUCCUGCAGCAGCCCAGCGGCAAGGCCUACCUGCCCUCCCACACCUGGCAGUCGCUGCGCCAGUGCUGCUCCAACGACGGCCCCCGGGAGCCGGGCGCCGGCAGCCUUAACGGCCUGGAGAGCCUGGAGGCGGCGGGGGCGGCGGAGGGGGCGGCCGGCGGCGCCCCGUGCCCCGGCCGGCUGCGGAGCGGCGCCCCCGAGUCCUACGUGAGCGGCAGCCAGCAGCAGUGGCUGUCGCUGCGGCUGCGCGGCCCCCGGCGCUGGCGCGUGCCCGGGCUGCCCUGCGUCACCCGCGGCCCCGAGCCCUGAGCCGGCCGGGCAGGAAUAAAGCGGCCGCAGGGCCCCGA